AUGGGAGUGCUCAGACAAUUUAUUGGAACAGUAAUAAUAUCAACACUAGGCAUUGACAUGGGGUUUAUAUUCACUUGGCCUGCAUCCACCAUGAUACAAUUUGGGUCUGCAAACACCACGUUGAACAGGCCCAUGACAGAAAUGGAAAUAUCAUUACUUAACAGUUUGUCUUCAGUUGGAGGUUUGAUAAGCACUUUGACAGCAGGCUUUAUGCUAGACAAACUGGGCAGAAAAUACUGUUCCAUCGCUGUCUCUCUGAGUUUAGUGCUCAUCUGGGUUAUGUUAAUCGUCUGGAAACAAGUGGAAGUCGUUUUAUUCUGUAUUUUCCUAUCAGGUGUCAGUAGUUCAGCUGCUUUAAUAGCCUCGGUCUAUAUAAGUGAGAUAUCUCAAGAAUCUAUUAGAGGAACAAUGACAGCUGGUAAUAUGAUCUCCUACGGUAUAGGGGGAUUGAUGCUAUUUAGUGUAUCUGGCAGUCUGUCGUAUGACACAGUAUUGUACAUUGGACUUUCUAUAGCGAUCAUUAGUACAUCUUCUUUGUUACUGAUUAAAGAUUCACCAAUGUAUCUGAUGACGAUUGGAAAGGAGAAGGAGGCUGCAGAAUCCAUAGCUUUUUACAGACAAUUGCCAGUCAUGGAUAAAGAAGUUAUGUAUGAAGUAAAUGUACUGAAACGCGCAAUCAACAUGGAUCAAGAUGGAACGACACCAGAAGAGGAAAAAUUGAAACCGGAUACGAAAUCGAAAGAAAAAUUGUCCUUCUGGCAGUUUAUGAGAAAGUCUCGAUCUUCUCGUCGAGCAUUCUACGUGAGCAUCGUGUUACAAAUCGCAGCAGUGUUCCAAGGUCUUAUUGUCGUGCAAACGUAUAUACAACCGCUUAUUAUGAAAACUCUACCUGCGUAUUCACCUGAAGUUUGUAGUACAGCUAUGGCUGCAGUAACUGUUGUUACUUCAUUUUUUGCAGCGUAUUUGACUGAUAAAGCUGGAAGACGGCCUCUUAUGUUCUACGGAUCCAUCGGUGCCGCGGUCACCUGUUUGGUACUUGGCACACAGAUUCAAUUUCAGUGGGGCCCCACCUGGAUUACACUAGUCUCUCUGUAUACAUUCCCAAUAAUGUACACUUUUGGGGCAGGCACUGUGCCAAACAUAUUAGUGGCUGAAUUGUUCUUACCUGAGGUUAAAAGUAUUCUUUCCAUGGUGAUUGUCGAGAUGUCUUGGAUCUUGUACUCUGUCGUGCUCUUCAUUUUUAACCCUAUCCUUAAUAGUCUAGGUUGGGGACCUGUCUUUUACAUAUUUGCAAUUUUAUGCUCCUUAUCUUCUGUCUUUUCUUACUUCUUCUUACCAGAGACUAAAGGCUUAACUGUUGAAGAAAUACAACCAUUGUUUAAUAAAAGAAAGCACCAAAACAAUGUAUAG